AUGGCGGGAGCUUACCAUCAUCACGGGUAUGACCCAGUGGAGGACGGGGAACAGGCAGAUGUGGAACCACAGCUACAGCUACGUCAAGGCAGUUUGUCGAUGACCAGUUCUUCCACUGCGCAUCACGGAGGAGACACCCCACGUUCCAAUAGAGACACGGGAACCAUCCUCACCGCAGACCGCACACCCUUCCGGGCAGAAGGGUUCGCAGAGAAGCAAGCGCUGGCCGGCUGGUUCCCUCGAGUAAACGACGACGAGAAAACCUCAUGGAAAAUCCGGCUAACCAAGCGAGACAAAGCUCUGCUUAUACAGAUCUGUCUGGUCGCCAUCAUCUUCGUCACCAAUCUGGUUAUCCUGCUCCAUUUCUCGUCGAGAUAUCCCAGCCGGAAGGGCGUCGGGGUCCUGUACGCCGGGGACUGCGAUACCGUCAAGACUGCCAACCGCUACGCGCAUUUGCUCAUCAAUGUGCUGAGCACGGGGAUGCUCUCCGCUUCCAACUUCUGCAUCCAGCUCCAAGCGUCUCCAACGCGUGGCGACAUCGACCGCGCGCACAAGCGUAACCGCUGGCUUGAUAUCGGCGUGCCGAGUCUGAGGAAUCUGAGAUAUAUUGGCCGGCAGCGUCUGGCCUCUUGCAUUGUCUUGAGUCUCAGCUCCCUGCCUAUUCACCUCAUCUUCAACUCGGCCGUGUUCCAGACACUUGCGUCAAACGACUACAUGGUAGCCGUGGUCAAGGACUCCUUCCUUUCGGGAGCGAGCUGGAGUCUGUCCACAGCCGAGCGCAACUGGCAAGACGACCCAGGCUGGGACGAUCGCGAAGUAACACCGCCUGAGGAAAGCUAUCAGAGCAUCAUGACGGGCAUCCAGAAAGACGUUGUCGCGGGCCUGUACGAAGCCAAGAAUACCUCAGACUGUUAUGCGAUAUACGACGAUUACUGGACUGUCCAGGGAAACGUAGUGGUGCUCAUUAAGAACGAGACUGAGACUAAGACUGUUACUGCCACUGCCGGGGGGGUUGGAGAUGACAGCCUGCUGCUUUAUACCUUCGUUGCACCUCGGUAUACGAACUGGGCAAAGAACAUGUGGGCAGCAGGCAACGGCACCAAACGGAGCGUCGCGUUCUCGCCGCCUCCGCCCGUGACCACUUGGUUCCUGGGCGUGCCGCGCUACGAGGCGUCUAGCUGUCUCGUCCAGGUUCCCCAGGCCUCGGCAGAUAGAUGCCGUCUGCAGUACUCGAUACACAUCCUGGUCGCUGUCUGCAUCCUGAACUUCUUCAAGCUCGUCGCGUUGUUCUUCGUCUGGCACAGCAGGAAGACGGACGACAGACGCCGCAAAGCCAAGCGCGAAGAAUGGGGCGCUGUCGUAGAUGUCGAGGAGCAUAUGCUGGCUCCGAAAGAGCUUAGCCUGUCCACGCUCGGCGACGCAAUAGCGUCUUUCAUGCGAGAGCCAGAUGAGACUACAAGGGACAUGUGCCUGGCGACGAAACACGAUUCCAUCGGCACGAAACGUCUCCUGAAGCGACAGGGCCGAGGAGAAAAGGAUACUCAUGUUCAUCCUCGCAAGUGGAACAUGUCGCCGCGUCGUUGGAUGACGGCCGCGAGCUGGAGACAGUGGCUAUGCGUGGUAGCGUUGUACACCCUCUUCAUCGGUAUCCUGUACACGUGCUUUGGCCUCCUAGUCACGUCGGGUCUUAAGGGCCGUCACUACACUCUCACGCUCUCGUUCUUCAAGUCCCUCGGGUUCGGCACUGUGACGCCGCGCACGUACCUCAGCGUAUCCCUGCCGCGCGGCGACCCCCUGGGGCUCAUCAUGAACGUGUUGCUCGUCAACUCGCCGCAGCUCUUCUUCUCCAUCAUCUACAGCGUCAGCGGCGCCGUCGUAACGACGAUGCUCGUGCAGCGCGAGUUCAGCGUCCGCCAUGCGAGCGCCCACCGCAAGCCCCUGCGUGUGUCCGAGCCCGUCGGCAUCCAGCGCUCGAGCUACUUCAUCUCGCUGCCGUUCCGCUACGGCGUCCCCCUGAACGUGUCCUCGGCCGCGUUCCACUGGCUCAUCUCGCAGAGCUUUUUCCUGGCACGCAUCGCGGCGCUCCUGCCGGACGGCAGCGAGGACUACGGGAACUCGUUCUCAACGCUUGGGUAUAGUCCGCUUGCUAUUAUCAUCAGCAUAGCGGGAUUCGUCAACCUUGUGGCGAUAGUUCUAGUAGGAUGUCGCGAGUACGACGGCACCAUGAGCAUGGUUUCCACCAACAGCAUGGCAAUCAGCGCCGCGUGCCACGGCCAUGUCGAAGAUAGGGAGUUUGGGUACCAGCUCCCCAUUCAGUGGGGUGUGGUCGAGAUCGGGGAAGACGGAAUCGGACAUUGUGCCUUCACCACAGCACCUUGUCAUGUUGUUCGGAAACCACAGGAGGGGAUGAUGUACCAGUGA